GAACAUGGCGAGGCGAGGUCGUUGCGUUUCCGCGUUUCCUUGUCCUCCGUCAUUUUCCAAAAGACCAAGCUACUGGAAGAGCCGAUGGGACAAAGGAAGGAACCUUUGUCUAAGCUGAGCAAACGAUACUCUUAGACAACCAUACCAGAUAGCGACAAUACUACAAGCUAGCUAGAUGAUCCGCAAUUGGAAGUUGGCGGCCUCCCUCUUGACGAUAUGUGUCUUGGCCGUGGUCUAUGAGAUUGCCAAGUUGCGUGGGGAAAAAGCCGUUCUGGAAGCCAAGGUGACUCUGCUCAAGGAAGAGCUCGAACACAACAACAAUGGAGCCACCACAACCACAACAUCUACCAGUACCAGUGCAAUAGAUACAUCUACCAAGACCAAGAAAGCCAACCAACAAGUCAACCAAGACAAGAGAGACGAAACGAAAACAGAAAAGAAGGACACUGGUCCAUUUCGGGACAAGCUGUUCGAGGCCAUUGAGUUUUGCACUGGCAACAACUACGUGGCUCCAUGGGCCUACAAGACGCACAUUGACCGUCUCGUCCCAUCUGAAGAAUCCGCCAGAAACUUUUCCCUACAACGGCAACAUUUUGAACCAAAUAAUAACAAGCAACCCGAGUGCACUACCGUCACCGACUUGUUACAAGCCGUUCGAAAUGGAAGACGCCAAUGGAACGAGCCACAUCUCAACACGGACGUUACUGAACUCGUCAAUCCGCAGUAUUGGGAGGAACAAGAAGUGACACCCUCCCGGUUCUUCCCCGAUCAAUGCGAUAUUCCACUCUUGUCACCCGAUCAAAUGUGUGACGUGCUCGGCCAAUUCUCCCACAUUUUGUUUCUCGGCGAUUCCCUCGAGCGACACAUGUACAUGGCAUUGGUCUCGGCCGUCAAGAACGACUUGAUUCGAGGAUUUGUACAAGACUCGGAUCAAGCGCUCAUGAGAGAAAAAUGCUACUGUGAUGGACAGUUUAGUGAACACGAACAUUGUCGCUUGUACACUCCCGAAAUGAUGUCGUUUCAUGCACCCGACAAGGGAUUUUGUUCGCAACAAACAACAUCGGCCAUGGUCCGGUGGGCCAAUUAUGCCCACAAAGAUGGACCGGCCGAGUAUCGAACCAUUUUCUCCGGCAUUGAUUGCUCCCAACCCGAUAACCAAGGAUUGCUCCUCAUUCUACAGGGGGGACUCCAUUUUGAAGUCAAUGCCCGCAACGUAUUCACACAUUUCCGGGAUCACAUGUGGCCACAUCCUCAUCUCGUACGGUGUGCCGCACACAAUAAGCUCUAUGUCAUUUGGCUGGGAAUGAGUGCGCAAUCCCCACGCUUGUACGAUCAAUAUCCCCAACAACGCGCCGAAUCGGCCAUUCAAUUUGACAAGGACAUGGAACCCAUCUGGGAACAACAACAAUGGUACAAUGUCACCACCAUUCAUUGGAUGAACUUUACCAAACGGGCUCAAACAUCCGAUGGAGUCCAUUACUUGACAGAAACAAACUACUUUCGGGCACAGUAUUUGCUCCAAUUGGCGCAAUUGAUGAAACAGGAACAAAUCACGUUUCAUGUGGGGAACUGAUCCAUUCCACGACUUGACUCCACUGUCCAUUGCUGCUGCUGCUUGGCAUACUUUCUGCAUGGCAUCACCUUGUGAGGAACACGCCAUUUCUUUGCCCUCGGUGUCAAUCCAUCCAUCCAUGGAAGAAAACGGAUGGCCAACACAACAACAUGCAUUUGAAAGUGAAACCUGCAUUCGGUUGCAUUGGUGCAGAAACGUCAUGGCGCUUCCUGUUGCUGGCAUCACACCAGGCAUGAGACUGUCCCAAGCCAGUUGGUUGGCGGAUGCUGAGACAAUGCAACAGGGAACACGUUUGGAAAUACAACAAUCGGCUACUGCUUCUGCAGCGUGUGGUUGGGUUCCUUCUGCAGACAAGCCAGGCAUGCGUUGAUACGUCUGUCAAAGUGGUUAUCCACAAUGCUUGCGUCGGGCAUUUGAGCCGCUCAAAUGGAAUAAAUUGGGUCUCCUGCGGUAGUUCGCAAUGGGAGAGGCUGGAACUAUCUCAUCACUCAUCACCUUCGUUCCAUGACACAGCAGUAUAUUGACCUCAUCCAUUCCACUUCCAAGAGGAUCGUUUAGUCACAUAGCUUGUUCCCAACUUUAAUAGCUGAAGAAGCUGUAGCUCAAUAAAAAGUGAGCAGGGUGAUCCUCCUUGCCACAGUCGUACCUCUUGGCUGCGAAAACUCAAUUGGGUCGUAAACUCGGAAGCUUACCGUACACACCAAGGCUUGACUAACGAUGACACCCAAGCCACAGACGAAUAUCUUGAACUGUGAAUACUAUCAUUGCCAUGAUGUUUGCUAAAGUCGUACGUCUUAUCCGAAAUUAUUUUGACCUUUUCAUUGUGACAUUACAGCCAGCAAGGCUG